CAGACUCCGACCCUCCUGGGUCCUCCCUGGGGAGUGCAGGCAUCGUUGGGAAACUCCAGUUGGUCCUUUGACGGAUGAUGCAUAUGGGCUUGGGGGUCCUUCCCCUGAGCAGCCCCUUCCUCACUUCAGUGUCGUUCUGUGCUCCCAGGGAAAGAUGGAGACCCUGAAAGACAAGACCCUGGAGGAGCUGGAGGAGAUGCAGAAUGACCCGGCGGCCAUCGACCGGCUGGCCCAAGACUUCCCUGAGGUCCAGGACCUGCAGCUGGAGCGGGAGAUGGCGCUGGCCACCAACCGGAGCCUGGCCGAGCAGAACCUGGAGCUCCAGGGUCCCCUGGAGAUCGGCCGCUCGAACCUCUCGGACAAGUACCAGGAGCUCCGGAAGCUGGUGGAGCGGUGCCAGGGGCAGAAGGCAAAGCUGGAGAAAUUUUCUUCAGCACUGCAGUUCGGGGCCUUGCUGGACCUUCUGCAGAUAGAAAGCAUGAAGAUUGAGGAAGAGUCUGAGGCCGUGGCAGAGAAGUUCCUGGAGGGCGAGGUGCCCUUGGACACGUUUCUGGAGAACUUCUCCUCCAUGAGGAUGCUGUCCCAUCUGCGCCGGGUUCGCGUGGAGAAGCUCCAGGAUGUGAUGAGGAAGCCCAGGGCCUCCCCGGAGCCGGCUGGGGGCGCCCCUCCUCCCCGCCCGCCUCCCCCAUCUCUCCCGGGCCCCCAGGCGACGCCCCCUGUCGCCGAAGAUCAGCAGCUCCCGGAGGGCCCUCCCUACCCGUUGCCCUACAGCCCCUCCCCAGGCUUGCCCGUGGGCCCCGCCGCCCAAGGGGUGCUCCCGCCGGCCCCGUUCCCUGUGGUGUCCCAGCCCUCUUUUUCCUACAGCGGGCCCUUGGGUCCCCCGUACGCAUCAGCCCAGCCGGGACCCAGGGCUGCCGCGGGCUACUCCUGGUCCCCACAGAGGAGCACGCCGCCCCGGCCGGCCUAUCCCGUGGCCCCCGCUGGUGCCUCCGGCCCUGGGUACCCCGUGGCGGGGGGCCGGGCCCCCGGACCCGCGUAUCCUCAGCAGCCCCCCUGCCUCUCAACAGGAGGAAAACCUCCGUACCCAACGCAGCCCCAGCCCUCAGGCCCCCUUCAGUUGCCCUAUCCCCCUGGGCCUGCCCCUCCCUAUGGGUUUCCACUGCCUCAGCGUCCUGCCUGGCCUGGGUAUUAGGCACGGUCCCGGCCCUUGGCCCUUCCCUACUUCCACCCGUACCACAACCUUUGGCCCAGCCCCUGCUGAGAUUCGAGGUUCAACUGGAAGUGGAGCUGGCUCCCCGUGGACUUGUGUCAUGCGUGGGGGCCUGGAGGGGCCUGGCUGGGAGCGCGCGGGCCUGGCGGGGCACCAGGCGGUGUGGCUGGCUUGGCUGUGCCAGGUGCUCCCAGUGCCCGCUGGCCUCCUGGGGGAAGGGCGCGCCUGGGUUCGGUGACCGGCUUUGGCUUUCCUGGUUCUCACCGGGCAGGGCGUUCGGUCCUCUCUGUGGGUGCCCGGUUGGGGUGCCCGGGCGCAUGCGAUUGUGGACAUCUCCUUGCGGCUGCACUCACUCACGGACGUCUGAACCAAACGUGGAGUUGUCUCGGUGACGGGCUGGCUGGCUGGCCCCUGCUCACCCCCUCCCUCUCCUCUGGGAUUUGGCACGUUCGACCGAGGUACCCAUGCUAAGGGAUGCAGCUCUCUUGUGUCUCUUGGGUCCAUUCAGGGAUGGCCUGCCCCACGCACCCACCAUGGCAGGGUUGGAUCGGGGAGAGAACAGAGUUAGGAAAAACACUUAAAAUGAUUUUUAAGUCAUGCAAAACCAUAAUUGAACUCCGA